CGGGGCCACAGAUGUCUAGACCAGCGUCAUGGAUCGCGAUCCGGAUGACACGCUAGACACACGUUAAGCCACCAUCCGGAUCUGUCGUUCCCUCUCUAUUGUUCUAGCGAGUCUUAUAUGGGGCCUGCUCCCUGUUCUUAGAAUGUCGAUUCAAUCCCCACUCGCGCUCAGCCUUAGCACAAGUUCUCGAAAAAUUGCAGCGUAAUGUUCGAGACUCUGGACCGGACGCAGUAUGUUGCCAAAGACGGUGGCUCCAUCGUCGUUACCGACCGCCAUGACCGCAGUCAAUACAUGGCGGUGCUGCACUUCAUAAUCCGACGUUUUCGCAACCAGAUAAACAGUGGCCAUCCAAAGCACGAAGACGGCUCCAUCAGACUCGACCCCCCCAAGCCGAAACUCCGCGGUUGCACUCUCUCCCAUCGGACCGUCGAAGACAUUCAUUUGUACGACAUCAUCGCGUCGCCGACAAAACUGCCCGAGAAGGGCAAGAAGCGUAUAUACUAUUUUGCAGGAGGGAGCUGGCAGAUGGGACCGUCUGGUCAGCAUUGGUCAUUAUGUGCGAAGCUGGCUACGGACAUGCCGGACACUAUUGUAACGAUGGUGUCGCCACCUAUGGCACCGAACAAUCCUGCACCGAGCUCUUUUCCAUGGAUGCUGAGGCUUUAUCGGACACUGUUAGCAGAGGCGCAAGAGGCAGGCGACAAAGUUAUCUUGGCAGGAGAUUCCUCUGGCGCCAACAUCAUAUUGUGUUUGACCCUCGAAGCGCUGAAAGAGGACGCCGAGAAAGGGCUGGAUGUUUCGAAUGCAUCGACAUCAAGCGCGCACCCCGUCGCACUCAUGGCUAUCAGCCCGUCCACCGACCUCACACGAGCCAACCCAGAUAUAGAGAGGAUUGCGCACCACGACCCUCUCCUUACACCAGCCAUCAUUAGGCAGACAGCGAAGGCAUGGACGGGCGACUGGGAUCCGGCAGAGCGUCGAGUGUCGCCUAUCAAUGCGGAUGUAUCACUACUUGCACAGCGCGGUAUCAAGGUACAUGGCGUGACCGCUGGCUGCGAUGUCCUGGCGCCUGACGGGGUUAUGUUCCGCAACAAACUGUCCGAGAAAAACGUACAGGGCGAGUGGCUGCAUUGGGAGAAGCAGAUGCAUUGCUUCGUGCUCACGCUACCGUAUGGCCUGCGCGAAGCACGGGAGGGCACCGAGUGGAUAAUCGAUGUAUUGAAGAAGGUUUGAAUUGUUUUUUUUUCGAUUCUCACUUUGUCGCUGGAUACCCUGUCAUUAUUUUCGGAACUCGUCUAUUAGCCCAUGAAGCCUUCAGCAGUGACAUGGUUAGAGCUUAAUCUCAUAAUAGUCUCAUUCUUACGAACUAGCAGUACUCACAGUGCUUGCAGUGAUGACUUGCUCGAUGUUGUCGUUGAAGCCUCAAGGCGAAUCACAUUAGUACGCGUCUAGCUUUU